GUAUAUUUCAAUUGAAUUACGGUAAUUUUGGGUAAUGUAGUUUUCACCUUAACAAAUGCAGUUACAAAACCAAAGCUGAAACUUCAUUUCCCGUCUACGUAAGUUGUGCAACCAAUAAAGUGCGCCGUCUAGAAACUCUUCAUUGUUUUGCCUGAUUUUUGCGGGAACAUGUUCGGGCAAGUACCUACUUCAAAUAAACCAAUUUUGGGGGUUAAAAACACCGGAAACUACCAGAAAAUGAUGUCCUUUGGUAGAUAAUAGUUUAGUCCCAUGAGCCUGUUUUGCUAAAGUCGCCAGAAUGUUCAUUUUUAGCCGUGUUUUGUUGGUCGGGGGCAUUAUUGUCCCUCAAAGCACCUCCCUCACGGUGUGUCACAUUUCUGCUUUCCAUUAUCUAACAUCGCCCAGAAGAAACAAUCCAUACAGCGCUGUAGAUCGCGAGCGUUACACUUCUCUUGUGAAAUCCGUCAUGUCCUUUAAGGUCAGCUACCAAACCCCUGAAACUCUACAAGCAGAAGAUGACCAAGUUUAUGGACCAGUUGUGAAAGCCCCGAUGCCUUCAAGAGCCGCCAGGACACCUAAAAUUAUCCAUCCUUUCCUAAACUCCGAACGGUCUCCAGAAACAGAGGAGGACUCGGAAUCUGGACUCCCAGUACGGAUCGCGUUAAAUCGAGGCGGGUCUUUCGCGCCGAGUGUGACACGGAUUCUCCAGCAGACACUUUCUCCAGAGCAGAUCUUCUACUUGGAGCGAUGGAAGAGGAGGAUGAUCGCUGAGCAUGGAGAGGAAGGAUUCAAAGAAUACAGCCAGACUAUAUUUAGACAAGGAAAUCUUUUCCACUCUGCUCUGGAGAAAAUUCUGGAAAACAGAAGUCUCUCAGAGACACCAGAUUCUGCACCGGAAGUUCAGGGAUACCUGAGGAGCAUCUCGCACAUUCUAGAGGAUGUCCGUGCUGUGAGGGCCAUUGAAAGCACCGUUCAGCAUGCUACACUCAACUACUUGGGAAUUGUGGACUGUGUUGCUCGCUACAGGGGUGUUCUGUGUGUUAUUGACUGGAAAACCUCAGAAAAACCCAAACCCUUUCUGAGCAACACCUAUGACAACCCAGUUCAAGUAGCAGCAUAUGCUGGGGCUUUGAACAAUGAUGGAAACUACAACUACCAGGUUGAAAAUGGGCUCAUUGUUGUGGCCUAUAAGGAUGGCACACCAGCUCAUGCUCACCGGAUCAAUUCAGACAUGAUGUCGGAGUAUUGGAAAGCGUGGCUGUUGCGUUUCGAGGAUUAUAAUGAACAAAGUGGCCUGUAGUAUAAACUGAUGCCUUGUUAGUUAAUCUUUAUGGGAGAAGAAAAGCUCUUGCGCUCCUGUUUCAGGAACUAGAGAUCAAGUUCUUCAGAAAAAAGAUGAGAUGUGUAGGAGAAUCUGCACUGGCGGAGUCAUCUUUUCCUUUUCUUCACCAAAACAUCAUAUUUUCUAUUAGAAUUCUAUUUGCAAGUUGAAAUUUCAAAUUUUCCAAUCACGAGUGAAACGUGAUUGGAUUCAAACCAGGUUUCUCUGUGUGAGGGAUCUCCAGUGAAGCUCAUGGUUUUGAAUGAGACCAUAUUCUCCGCCUCUAUGAAACUGAACACCUGGUAGCCCGGAGUUUCUUGGCCAUGCUGCUGAUCAGGACUUUAGCGUAGCCUUUCCCUCUGUGGUCCGGCAGAGUGUACAACAUUCCCAUGUUGGGAGCAUGCACAGAUCAGGAUCCAGGAGACUGGCUUCCCUUCAGCAUCCAGCACGCAGCAGGAGGGGAAGUGUGCAAUCAGAUCAUCCCAGCAGCACCCUGGUUGUUUCCAAACUUCCACGCUGCAUUGAACAAAUCCAGGUGGGAGUCGUUCAGGGAGUCCAGCGAGAGCCCUGAGCUGAUUCAGAGCAGAAAACAUUUAAAUGAGCUCUUUUACCGUCACAAUUUGACAAAACCUGACAUUAUUGUUCUUUUAUAAUAUAAUUACAUAAUACUUGUCUGUGGAGGGGAGCUUGGACAUGUCCCUAGUUGUAUCAUCAUGUGACAUACAGCCAGUUUGUAGCAGGCUACACUUUUCUGAUGCAGCUUCUUUUAAUCUCAAUGCGAGAAAACAAAUUCAUUUAACAAUUAAUCAAGGUUAAUAAUUAUGAAAUAAAAUAAACGUCUGAGCUUUUAAAAAUAAACAAAUCCCAAAACGCACAUCACUCCACUACCAGAUGCUUUUAUAAAAGUUACAACAACCCACCAAAAACAACUUGGAAAUGUUUAUUUUCCCGCAGAGGCAAUAUACAUGCAUUUAUCAGUUUUAGCUAUAAAAAAAGAACCUUUAGAGUAAGGUUAAAGCUUAGAUCUGUCUUGAAGGUUUGACCAAAUCUCUCUCUGUCAAUAAACAUAUACGGAAUAUUUUUUUAAAGCAAAUAAAGCUGAAAAUUGUCCUACUGAUCAAAUGUAGAGUGGUGUGCAAGAUGAUGAAAAAGUAAAAAAAAUAAAAGGUGAAUGUGUGUGAGUAGAGGUUAUGUGGAUACAGAUUUAAAACACUGGGUGCUUGUUUUAUUCAAGCAUCAAUGAUUUGUGUCAAACUCCAAUAAUCCAGCUUUAAUUGUGACUGGUAGGUUAAAUUUGCUGCAAAUACAGGCUUCAUUUUAAUAUGUAAUUAAUAAAAUUGAUUGAAUGAUUUAAAAAAAUCAGUUUCAUUUUAAUCACCAGAUCCGAAGUUGAAUUCAAUCCAUGCAGCUCUGUAGGAAGAGUCUUCAAGAAAGCCCAUGUUUGUAAAAAGUUUGUAGGACAUCGUGUUGUUGUCUUCUAUGAAACAGUAAACAGGAAAUCCCUCCGCGUGGAGUUUCUUGGCCAUGGUGCUGAUCAGCACUUUGGCGUAGCCUUUUCCUCUGUGCUCCGGUAGAGUGUACAACAUCCCCAAGGCACAGUAAUCAUACACCAGAAUCCAGGCCACUGGAUCACCCUGGAUGUCCCUAAUGCAGAAGGUUGGGAAGUUGCUGAUUAGGUUUUGGAUGUUCCUGUAACCCUGAGCAUUCCCUCCAAACUUCCAAGUUUUAUUCACCAAGUCAACAUGGGAGAGGUCAAGAGAUGAAAUCCUCGAUUCAAGCUCACUGUAAAAUAUACGCCAAAAAACAUGUUUCUGAUGCAAAAAAAAAAAAAAAGAUUUUAAUAUUUUCAUUUAAGUAUACCUGUCAACAUCUGGAGAGAGGAGAAAGCUGAUGUCUGGCAAAUAAAGAAGAUGUACCAACGUG